AUGACGGCAUCUCGACCUCCACACGCAUCCGGUUCCUUGGAGGUGGGAGGUGUCGCCAUAGCAAUCCACACCCCGUCGUCCAAGGCGAAGGUCGCCAGGACGACUUUCCUGCGCUUGCGAGACGACGCUUUCGUUGAAUCACCCCGGGCUGCCCUGGGAGCAUUGCGUAAUCUGCGACGGGAGGGGUACGAAGCGGAAUUGGAGGGACAGAGUAUGUACGAUGCACUGUUUCACGCUGGAGGCAAGUUCGAUGACCUGGAGAUUUGGGGAGUCGUCUCGACGGGCCGAACACCAGACCUGAUGUUGACUCACGGCGUGACAUGCCUAUUCGAUGAGGCGAUGCGAUGCAAAUACUGCCGGACAAUGAUUGCGGAAGCCUUCCGUUUCGAGGGGGAAGGCGAUUUGUGUGACGCGCUGGUGGAUGAGCGGUUGCUGCUGGGAGAGACCGACUCCACGCAUGCAUUGCUGUCAUUGGACCUGAGCGGUGACACUCUUCGUCUUCGUGGCCGCUGUUCUGACAGCGAGAUCACUGUUGCUGCACUCCUCAGGACAACAGUAGGAAGACAGCUCUUGGCAGAUCAUUGCGAUGGGUUACUGCGGAAGGUCGAAGCCAGGAGUCUGGAAGGGGAUGAUGCGGAAGACUUCAGGAGCAUUCGCGAGCAGCUUUGCCAAGCGCGGGACAAAGUCAAGGGCUGCUCGUCAGUGCAACGACGAAGGCCAGCGCGUGGCUGUUUCAGUUGGGUUGGGAGCAAAGGCCCCAGUAGCGGAAGAUGA